AUGAAGAGGUUGAAUGGUGAUCCGGAACCAAGAAUCUUCAUCCCAGGAGCUCGUCCAGAACGAAGACAAGCCGGAGGUUGGAGUGGAGCGGAAGCUGGAGCCAGGAACCGAGACCCGCCAAGAGUGGAGCCAGAAGCCGAAGUCCAAGAACGUCAAGUACCAGAAGGCGAGCCAGGACAAGAGAUGUCUAAAGUUCGGGCCGUAGUGUCGUCAACCACGCUGACGAGUGGUAGAAUCUUGUGA